AUGGCCGACGACGGCCCUCAUUCUUCAUGGCAUCCUGCUUUGAGGUCCCACAACAGCGCCCGCCAUGUUCCCAUAGUCACUCAGCAAGAACCACCUGCUCCAGCCGACCAUGAUGAUGCCGACUUCUUCGACCGCAUUCCUGCAGAACAAUCCCAGUCCGCCACUGAAGAUGCUGGGGUUGAAGAGCCGAUCGAGAAUCCAACCGCUGGAACAGUACAACCUUCAUUCAUCCAGGACCACAAGCUCACGGCAGAGAGCGCCGAAACCGAAGCUCCAGUCGCAGACGAAUUCCAGGGAAACACACAAACCGAAGUCUCGGAGCACGUCGAAUCGCCAACAUUGACACCCGAUCCAACACACGACUUGCUCGAGAACGCAUACAAUCCUCCGGAUGAUGAGGUNCCCCAAGUCGAUCCCGAACCCAUCGCUGAGCUUGAACAAGUGCCACCGCAGGAGCCGGCGCGCUCUGCUGUUGAUGAAGCUUUCGGCAGCCUGGACGAGGAAGAGUCGGAGUUGAUCAGAGACCAGUACGAGUACCAAGGUCAAACUACCGCUGCCGACGACGCUGUUGACGAGAGCGACAAUGCGCCUCUGAUGCAGGAUGAGGAGAAUUUGCCAACNCCCGGUUUUGCUACGGACGCCCCUGCCAUCAAUGCCCACGAUGUUCCCUUCGACACUAUCCACGCGGAUCCCUCAGCAGUCGAUGCAGCUGCACAGCACGUUUACGAACUGUCUACCGAGGACCCAGAGUCGACAGAAUCGCACAAUAUCCAUGAACCCGCCAUAGAGUCGCAGAUGUUUGACGACCAUAAGGCCGAGCCCUCAGCAAUCUCUCAGCCAUCAGAGGCUCUGGAAGAGACCAAGGAGACUCUGCUACAAGUGGCCGAAGAGCCCAUUGAGGAACCAGCCCAAGUGCAACCUCAAUCGUCGGCUACUUUCGAGUGGGGCGAUGAUGAUCAGACUGAAGACUUUGGAGCUGUUGUCGGAAACGUGCCAGCUGAAGAGAACAAUGUGGACUCGGACAACCUUGCGGCUGGAAGUGGUUUCGUGGCUUCUCAGGCGACUGCUCUGGCCCAAGCUUUGCAAGAGCAAAAAGCACAAGAUGGUUCUGCCGAGGCUGAGAAGAGUGAGGAGGAUCUGGCUGCCAUGUGGUCAGCUGCACUGGAUGAUGACGAUCUCCUUGACGACAACGCUGUAGAUCCCAGCGGCUUCUUCGAUAAUGAUGGUGAAGGCUUCUUGGACGAGUUUGACACAGCUCUGGCUCCAACUCAGCAAGUCCUGAGUCCGGAGCAAGCGCUCAGCCCUGGCAUCGCUCCGGUCCUGGACGCCCAAGGAAACACAGUCGGCUUCACAAAGCUCGGAGGCCCGCAGGAACAAAUCAACGCACCUGCAAAUCCCUACUCGCCUGCAGCGCAGCAGCCAAAUCCUUAUCUAAGUCCGGCUCUGCCAUCUGUGCCUCUGUACAACCAGCAACAGCAGCCUGUCCGACCAGCCUUAAACAAUGCCCAAAGCUUUGCCGACAAGUCCAAAGGUGGCUACUCCUCCCCCUACGACCUGCCCGAAGACAUUGUUCAGCCGCGUAGGCGUCCUGCUGCUGCUGCACCACCUACUCAAAACAAUGCUCCACCUCCCCACCAAGGAGUAGCAGUAUGCAAUCUGUCUNNCAUCAAAUGUUCCUCCGCCUUUUCACGGUCUGCAACUGCGGCUCCCUCAGCAACAAUUGCAUCGCCUCCCAUGAACCAGUCACCCAGCGUCGCAACCUUGCCACCGAAGCCUGCCACUGCUUCUGGUGCCGACAGAUCUGCUUCUGGUUUCUUCGAGGAAUUGCCUAUGGCGCCAAAAUCUCGCAACAGACCACACACUCCAGCUGUCACUGCACCUUCUCCUGCUCAGGCUCCUCCGCAGGGACCUCCUAUUCGUCCACCAUCCCGUCCCGCAAUGCCUCCAUCUACUGCCUCUGCAAAUUAUGGCAUCUCAGAUUUCAGACAGCCAGAAAAGCUACCAUUGUUGCCCGAUUUGCAAGCCGCACCUCAGCAGCUAGAGCCCCCUCAACCCACUGGUCCCCCAGCGAGUUCGAGAUACUCGCCUGCCGCUGCUCAGCAAGCUCCCUCGACAGCAGCACCUCCACCAGUGACUGGCCGGUUCUCGCCAAUGCCGCCGCCCGCUCCAUCAGCAAACUCUCGUUAUUCUCCUGCUCCACAAGCUCAGGCACAGAACAAGUAUGCCACUAUGCCUGCUGCCACGCCUGUUUCGAGACCAGUCCAGCCAUUUGCGCCUCGUACCUCGAGUCCGUUGGCCUUCCAUGAGAAGCCCGCCGCUGAGGUGCCACCACCAACUGUGCGUGCGGUGUCAUAUCAGCCGCCACCUCCAGUCCGCCAAAUGUCUGGUCUCGCCGAGGGUUUCGAAACUCCGCCACGAAGGGACAGCAACACACUCGACCAGACUAUUUCUCAGUCUUACGCAUCGCCCCCUCGCGCCAAUCCUUAUGCUCCGAUGACUUCUUCUCCCGAAUCUCGUAUUUCUCAGACAUAUGCUCCUACUAAUGCGCCCACGCCGAGCGAUACCUUCUCACCGCCAAGGAGGUCAAAGACUCAAUCGCCAGGAACUGCUAUGAAAGUUCCCCUGAGAGCUGUUACUCAAAUCGAUAGGCCGACUUCUGCUGCCGGCAAUGUCACCUCUCCAACCUUGCUACAACGUCAAGAUGCAAGAAACGCCUUGCCUCCCGCUAGACAGCAAUUCUCUUCGGAUCUGAAUUUCACUGUUCCUCAAGAUGAACGAGCUCAAGAUCCAUUAGAGAGAUACAAAGGUUGUCCCGUCUUCAAAUGGGGCCCUAGCGGCUCGCUGAUAAGCACCUUCCCCAAGCAAGCGCCUUUCUAUGCUGCUGGUCAUGCCAUUCCAACUAUCAAGUGUACACCCGGCCAUAUCACCAUCCAUGAUACCAAGAUGACUUACCCUCUGAGCGAGCGUGAUGCCAAGUUCCCUGGACCCUUGACCAAGGGUAAAUCCAAGAAGAAAGAAGUUCUCACAUGGAUAACCGGCAAGAUUGAGGAUCUUGAAAAGGCCAACGAAGACGCUCUUCAUGACUUCGGCAUGUCUGUCCAAACGAAAAAGCGUGUUGAGGAGAAGGUUGUGCUAUGGAAAAUGGUCAAGCUUCUGCUCGAACAUGACAACAAGAUCGAGGGCAACGCAUCUGCAGAGGAUGCUGCUCGUAAAAUCCUAUUGCCAAAUUUCACUCAGGCAGAAGAUUCCACUGAGGAAGUUGCAAACGGUAAAUCGUCAGGAUUAUCUACUGAGCCUGUCAAUGCGAAUGCCUUAGCGCAGAUCCGCAAACAUCUCNNCCUUGCAGGCGAUCGUGAGAAGGCUGUUUGGUUUGCAGCCGAACAAAAGCUGUGGUCUCACGCUUUGCUUAUCGCAUCGGUCGCUGGUCCCGAGAUUUGGAAGCAGGUUGUUCAAGAAUAUGUUCGCUCUCAAGUCAAGGAUGCAGGAGAAAACUCUCAGUCCCUCGCAGCAUUGUACGAAGUCUUUGCCGGAAAUUGGGAAGAGAGCAUUGACGAGCUUGUACCACCUUCUGCUCGUGCUGGUUUCCAGAUGAUCAGCAAAGCAGGACCUAGUGCGAAGAAUCCUCUUGACGGUCUCGACCAAUGGCGCGAAACAUUAUGUCUGAUUAUCAGCAACAGAAGCAACAACGAUAUCCAAGCCAUUUCAGCUUUGGGUAAACUUUUAUCUAGCUAUGGCCGCAGUGAGGCAGCUCAUACUUGCUACCUCUUUGCCAAGGCUACAGCUCAUCUUGGUGGCGCUGACGAUGAGAAGUCUGACUUUGUAUUGCUCGGAGCGGAUCACAAGAACCAAACUCAGGAGCUUUCUGACCUGGACGCCAUUCUUCUUACCGAGGUUUAUGAGCUUUGUGUGUCUCUCGCACCUGCUCCUGGAACAUCGCCCACACUCCAUCACCUACAAGCAUUCAAAUACCAGCAUGCUCAGAUACUCACGGAGCAUGGCCUGCGUAGCGAAGCACUGGCAUAUUGUGAUGCAAUUUUGGCCUCUUUCAAAUCAUCUACCCGCCUUUCGCCAUAUUAUNNCACCCCUGCAUUAUUAGGCAGUGUAGAUGAUUUGCAUAGAUGUCUGUCGCAAGCCCCUCAAGCUAGCGCUUCUGGAGGCUGGAUUCCAAAGCCAUCCAUGGACAAGGUCUCUGGUAGUAUGUGGAAGCGGUUCAACACUUUCGUUGCUGGUGAUGACGACGAAUCGAAACCUAAUGGUUCAACUGGCAGUGAAAGUACUCCUGCGGGACCAUUCGGUGGCAUCACUGGUGAAACACCAACAGUCAGUCGAACCGCUUCGACCACAGAUUUGUAUGGAGCAAUGUCAAUGGGCGGGAGUGUGUCGUCUGCACCUGCUGCUAGUGCCUACAAUCGUUAUGCACCUCCAGCUCAGCAUGGUGGUGCUUCUGCAUCCCGUUAUGCACCAAGCAGCUCAAGCGCAUAUGCUCCAAGCAGAGGUUCCAUGGAGUCCUCUCGUUCUUACGAACCAGAAAGGCCUGGCACCGGCUACAGUAGUCUGGUAUCUCCCACCACAGCCGCACCUGCGCCAGUCCAGCGUGCUAGUAGCACACCGUUCGGAGCGUACUUGCCGCAACAAGCUGGAGAGAACCAACAAGCACAACCCUCACUUGGCGUUCCUCGACCAGAUGUAUCUCGUGCCGUUUCAGAUUAUCGUGUACAGUACAGCCAGCCUCCUUCAAGGCGCGAGUCUGUUCAGUCUGGCGCCGAUUCUGAGCCUCGGUCCAGUCUUGAUCAGGGCAGACCAGCAUAUGGAUACCAGCCCGAGGCUUCGAGAUAUUCUCCUUACCAGCCUAGCUCGCACACGCCAUUGUCACCGAUCUACGGCGACAACAGUGUCGAGGCUGCCGAGACUGAAGAGGCCCCGUCGUACAAGCCCCACACAGACUCGCCUUACCAGCCAUCUGAACCGACUCCUGUGCAAGAGCCUCAGUCAUUUGGUUACACACCCACUGCCCCUCCGGGUGAAUCGUCGAGCUUUGGAUAUGAACCCCCGUCAUCUUACGAACCGCCCACGUCUUAUGAACCACCAUCAUACGACCCCGAGUCUUCUUACGAGCCUCCGUCUUCGUACGAGCCACCUUCGGAUGAGCCUGAAAUGUCGGACGAACCCAAGACAUCUGCUUACACUCCUUCCUCAUACGAACCACCCUCGUCAUAUGCGCCUCCCACAUCCUACGAGCCUCCGACUGGUUCGUCAAGCUACGAACCUCCCACGUCCAACUAUCAACCAUACGAGCCCGAGCCUGAUCCGGAAGAUGGUGAUGGAGAAGGCCAAGAAAAGCCAAAGAAGAAGAACUUCAUGGACGACGAGGAUGAUGAUGAGAUCGUUCGUCGAGCCGCCGCUCUCAAGAAAGCAGCCGAUGACAAAGCAGCCGAUGAGGCCUUCCGCAAGGCAGCUGAAGAAGACGCGAAACGCGAUGAAAGAGCCGCUGCUGGUGGUGACAAGAAGGGAUGGUUCGGAGGCUGGUUUGGCAAGAAAGAUCCAAACGCCCAGCCUGGACCCAUCAAAGCCAAGCUUGGAGAACAGAGUUCAUUCUACUAUGACCCCGAUCUCAAGAAAUGGGUCAACAAGAAGGGGAGGCGCUGA